AUGGAGAUGGUGCUGCUUGUGCUGCUGCCAGUCAAGGUGGGAGGGGUGAUAGUGCUCCUGCUGCACGUGCUGCAGUUGCGGCUGCUGCUGCUGCUGCUGCUGCUGCUUCUGCUGCUGCUGCUGCUGCUUCUGCUGCUGCUGCUGCUGCUGCUGCCGCCCAUGCUGCAACUCGUGUUGCUGUUUGCGCUGUCCGUGCUCAUGUCCCAGCAGCUGCGGCUGCGGCUGCCGCUGUGGCUGCGACUGCAGCUGCAGCUGUGGCUGUGGCUGUGGCUGCGGCUGCUGCUGCUGCUGCUGCUGGUGUUGCUGCCAAUUUUGCCCAGGCUGCGGCGGCGCCGCAACCACCACCACCUGGGGCUGCGGAACGUACUGCUGGGUUGUAUCCAGCACCCGCACCAGCACCCGCUGCUGCUGCUGCUGCUGCUGCUUCUGCUGCUGCUGCUGCUGCUGCUGCUGCUGCUGCUGCUGCUGCUGCUGCUGGUGGUGAUGAUGAUGGUGGUGGUGCUGGUGCUGGUGCUGGUGCUGCUGGUGGUGCUGGUGCUGGUGCUUGUGCUGCUCCUGACGGUGAUUUGCUCAGCGGACUGA